CUCUACGUGUAAUAUCAGCUCAUCACAAACGCUCACUCAAUCUCAGCCGUUCAUCGCCGACGUCAUUAAAUCGUUUUGACCAUUUUGUUCGGAUGGUCCAUUUUGCAUAUCGAGGUUCGUGAACUGGAGCUCUCUCCAUUUCCCACCUGAGCAUUCUCUCUCUUUCUCUCUCUCAGUCUCGUUCUCGUUGAUUGCCUGAUUCGGCCACGCAUCGAGGUUCAUCUGCCGCAGUUCUUGCCAUGGCACCCAUCAAGGGUAUUCUUUCUCUGCCGAGAGCAGCUUUAGCUCGUCAUCAUGGUGAGAAGUGGGGCCUAGGGUUGAGAUCAUUCAGCACUCAGGGUGCAACAACUGCUAAUACUCCUCAACCUCCACCACCUCCCCCACCUCCAGAGAAAACCCAUUUUGGUGGUUUGAAAGAUGAAGACCGAAUUUUUACCAACUUAUAUGGGUUGCAUGACCCAUUUCUCAAAGGUGCCAUGAAACGAGGUGACUGGCACAGAACCAAAGACAUAGUUAUUAAAGGUGCUGAUUGGAUUGUCAAUGAAAUGAAGAAGUCUGGCCUCCGUGGACGUGGUGGUGCUGGUUUCCCAUCUGGCCUCAAAUGGUCUUUUAUGCCAAAAGUAUCUGAUGGACGUCCUUCCUAUCUUGUUGUCAAUGCUGAUGAAAGUGAACCUGGAACCUGUAAGGACAGGGAAAUUAUGCGCCAUGAUCCACACAAACUUUUAGAGGGUUGCCUGAUUGCUGGCGUUGGGAUGAGGGCCAGUGCUGCUUACAUCUACAUAAGAGGUGAAUAUGUGAAUGAACGGAUCAACCUCGAAAAGGCCAGAAAAGAAGCCUAUGAAGCUGGGUUACUGGGCAAAAAUGCAUGUGGAUCUGGUUAUGAUUUUGAUGUUCAUAUCCACUUUGGUGCUGGUGCUUAUAUUUGUGGUGAAGAAACAGCGCUUCUGGAGAGCCUUGAAGGGAAACAGGGGAAGCCACGAUUGAAGCCUCCUUUCCCUGCUAAUGCAGGGUUAUAUGGCUGCCCCACCACUGUUACAAAUGUGGAAACGGUGGCUGUUUCUCCCACCAUUUUAAGGCGUGGACCAGAGUGGUUUGCCAGUUUUGGGAGAAAGAACAAUGCAGGGACAAAAUUGUUUUGUAUUUCAGGACAUGUGAACAAGCCUUGCACAGUUGAAGAGGAGAUGAGCAUACCCUUGAAAGAGUUAUUAGAGAGGCACUGUGGAGGUGUGAGGGGUGGAUGGGACAACUUGCUUGCAGUAAUUCCAGGUGGUUCAUCUGUUCCACUACUUACCAAGGAUAUAUGUAAUGAUGUAUUGAUGGAUUUUGAUGCCCUGAAGGCUGUCCAGUCAGGAUUGGGGACUGCAGCUGUUAUUGUGAUGGAUAAAUCAACUGACAUUGUGGAUGCAAUUGCGAGGCUUUCUUACUUCUACAAGCACGAGAGUUGUGGGCAGUGCACACCAUGUAGGGAAGGGACAGGAUGGCUUUGGAUGAUCAUGGAAAGAAUGAAAGUCGGGAAUGCAAAGUUGGAAGAGAUUGACAUGCUUCAGGAGGUGACCAAGCAGAUUGAGGGGCACACAAUCUGUGCUUUGGGGGAUGCUGCUGCCUGGCCUGUGCAAGGUCUAAUAAGGCAUUUCAGGCCAGAGCUUGAGAGGAGGAUCAGGGAGCGGGCGGAGCGGGAAUUGCUGGAGGCAGCUGCUUGAGUGCUUCUCUCAGGUUAAAGCUUGUAUUGGUGGAAAUCAUGGAAUAAAAUAAAAUAUGUACCCCAGAUUUCGGGAAGAUAGGUUACUCAGGCGGCAGCUGGUGGUCCAGCUGCUCGUGUUUGUUUUUAAGCUUUAUCAACUCUAUGACCUCACUGUCCCGGAGAAACACUGAUUCAUUGUGGAAGUGUCUGGGCAGGAUAUUUAUGUUGUGGUGUUUCCAGAUCAUAUUUUCCUUACACAGUUGGAAUUUUGUUAAUAAAUUUUGUUUUUCUUUC